AUGGGGAACUGCUGCGUUAGGCCUCCCUCUGCUCCAUCGAAGCCGAAAUCGAAGCCCAAGAAUGGCCUUAAGCUGAAGCAGAACCGCUUCGCCAUCGACUACAACCGUGGCCCUUCCCCUACUUCCUACGUACCUAAGAUCACCGUCCUCCAAACCCCCACCGGCGAUGACAUCUCCGCCCGGUACCAUCUCGGCAAGGAACUUGGCCGUGGCGAGUUUGGCGUGACCUACCUCUGCACUGAUAACUCCUCCGGCGAGGUCUUCGCUUGUAAAUCGAUAUCUAAGAAGAAGCUUCGGACGGCGGUGGACGUUGAGGACGUCCGCCGCGAGGUUGAUAUCAUGCGCCACCUCCCGCCCCACCCUAACAUCGUUAGCUUGAAGGAUACUUAUGAGGAUGACACUGCUGUGCACCUUGUGAUGGAGCUUUGCGAGGGUGGUGAGCUGUUUGAUCGGAUUGUUGCAAGAGGACAUUAUACGGAGAAAGCUGCCGCGUUGGUCACCAAGACCAUCGUUGAGGUCGUCCAGAUGUGCCACAAACAUGGGGUUAUGCACAGAGAUCUCAAACCAGAGAACUUUUUGUUUGCCAACAGCAAGGAGAAUUCUACUCUGAAAGCUAUUGAUUUCGGUCUCUCGGUAUUCUUCAAACCAGGUGAGAUAUUUACUGAGAUAGUGGGCAGUCCUUAUUACAUGGCUCCGGAGGUUCUCAAGCGGAAUUAUGGACCUGAAGUUGAUGUUUGGAGCGCUGGUGUCAUACUUUACAUCCUGCUUUGUGGUCUGCCACCAUUCUGGGCAGAAACUGAGCAGGGAGUUGCAGAGGCGAUUAUUCGUUCUAAGGUGGAUUUUAGAAGAGAUCCAUGGCCUAUAGUUUCUGAUAAUGCUAAAGAUCUUGUCAAGAAGAUGCUUGAACCAAAUCCUAAGAGGAGGUUAACAGCUCAGGAAGUUCUUGAUCAUCCAUGGUUGCAGAAUAUUAAGAAGGCUCCUGAUGUUCCUUUGGGUGAAAGUGUUCGAGCAAGACUUCAGCAAUUCUCUGUCAUGAACAAAUUCAAGAAAAGGGCUCUCAGGGUAGUCGCCGAUCAUCUUUCAAUGGAAGAAGUCGCAGAAAUAAAGGAGCUGUUUGAGAUGAUGGAUGUAAACAACAAUGGGAAAAUAACACUUGAGGAGCUGAAACAUGGGCUACAGAAAGUUGGAUACCAACUUCCAGAUGCUGAUGUCAAGAUAUUAAUGGAUGCGGCUGAUGUUGAUGGAAAUGGAACUCUAGACUAUGGUGAAUUUGUUGCUGUAUCAAUUCAUGUUCAAAGAAUGGGGAACGAUGAGCAUUUGCAUAAAGCUUUUGCGUAUUUUGAUCAGAACAAAAGCGGAUACAUAGAAAUUGAAGAGCUUAGUGAGUCUCUGGCUGACGAUUUGGGGCCAAACCAUGAGGAAGUUGUCAAUGCCAUUUUCCGCGAUGUGGAUGCCGAUAAGGAUGGUAAGAUAAGCUACGAAGAAUUUGCGACGAUGAUGAAAGCUGGAACUGAUUGGAGGAAAGCAUCAAGGCAAUAUUCAAGAGAGCGGUUCAAUAGCCUUAGUUGGAAGUUGAUGAAGGAUGGUUCUUUGCAGCUGAAGGCAUAACAUAAACUAAAUUAUAUACCAUACUAAAUCGAAAAGAGUUCGCUUCAUUGGUUUACGAAUUCUUCUGUUUUUUCACUUGUAAUAUGAUUUUUUUUAAAAUUUUUUUAUAAUAGGUCCAUAUAUUUGGCGAAGAUUUUAAGAAAAAGAAAGAAAGGAAUGUAAAUUUGUGU